AGCAGCCUGUCAGUGUAUAGGUUAUGAAGCACAGUGUGUGCCUGAGGAAGAUGUCAGUGUAGGGGUUAAGAGCAGUUUGCGCCACAGGGAGAUGCACUUAGCAGCCUGUCAGCGCAGGGUUAAGGCCAGUGUAUGCAGGAGGGGAUGCCCCUAGCAGCCUGUCAGCGCAGUGCAGAGAGGAGCCGUGCAUAUGAGAGCGCAGCGCCCACAUCAGCAUCUCAGUUCCGCCGUGCAAGGCAGGAGAGAGCGACGCACCGGUCAGGCUGUAAUCUUAGGCUUAAGCGCCGAGUAUAUUUGUGUUGUCUCCCUGGUCUCUAGGCAACACUGACAUUUCAGGAGAACGUCAGAUCCGGGAGAGACUGAGAUGCAGUGAGAGACACCUGUGACUGCUGGCACCAGGCAGGGUAAGGAGAGCCGGGGAACCUGCAUGAGGCCGGGGGAGGUAUUGGAGUCAGAGAAGUUUCAUCCCUGGGAGAGUGGGAGCUGAACUCAGAGGCAUGAUAGUAUGUUCUGCAGUAGGGGGGCCACUUGUAAAGAGCAUUGAAUGAAGGCUUGUGUCAUGUGUAGCUCUCCCAUGAGAAGAAGAUCUCUAUCCCCAGAGGGUGCCCCCAAGAUACCCUAGCACCUUCUUCAGCCUUUGGGCAAUGAAUUCAGAGUCGGGACCUGUUCACCGCUCCCCAGGGGGCUCCAUAAACCAGUCUUUUAGGGGUUCCAUCAAUUCCUCAUCUUGUGGUUCCAUCAGCUCAGAUGUUGGACGUGUUUUGUCCAUGAAUGUCCGCCGGCUGCAUGGAGCUCUAAACCGCCUCUUAACCGACCAGGAGAGGGAACAACUUCUGCACUGCCUGCGCCUCUACCACUCCCGCAGGAACGUGUGUGACCUGGUAAGGACCUUGCGCCUUAUAUUGCGCCCCCAAGACCAGAGGCAACUUUUUCCGCUGCUGCGCCUGGUCAUCCCACGUUCUGACCAGCUUUUGUUUGACCAAUAUACCUCUGAGGGGCUCUACCUAAAGGAUCUGUCUCUGGGGUCUUCUGGUUACAAUAAUGUCCUUUCUGACAAAGUUCUUGGAUUCAGCCCUCAACUCCCAGGUCCGGCUCCUCUGUUCAGUACCUCAGUGCCAGGAACAGCUCCAGCAUUCAACACCUCAGUACCAGGGGCAGCUCCUGCCUUCAGCACUCCUCUACCUGGAACUGCACCUGCUUUUAGCCCUCCUGUAACUGGAAUAUCACCUGCCUUUAGUUCCCCUGUUCUUGGGACACCUCUAAUGCACAGACCACCUUAUCCAGGGGCUCCCCCAGGAUUUAGCAACUCACCACCCAGAGCAAACCCUACAGAGGUCCGCCAGGUGACACUAAAGAGAAACCGAAACCAGGAGGGGCUGGGUUUCAGUAUCCGUGGAGGUGUGGAGCAUGGGACUGGCAUCUAUGUGUCUCUGGUAGAACCUGGUUCUCUGGCAGAACAAGAAGGAUUGAGAGUUGGGGAUCAGAUCCUUAAAGCAAAUGGGCGGCCACUGGAUAGAGUGACCCAUGCGGAGGCAGUGAAGGCUUUGAGGGGCUCACAGAAGCUGGUUCUUUCUGUGCUAUCAUCAGGCCGGAUCCCUGGGGGGCAUAUAUCCAGUCACAUUUAUACCUGGGUGGAUGCACAUGGUCGGAGUGUUUCCCCGCCCAGAGGACCCCCACAUCUCCAAAGCCCCUUGCUGGCUGGUACUGAGCAGGAGAAACGAAGUCACCUACAGCUGCUCCAGGAAGGUGAUGAGAAAAAGGUGAACCUGGUGCUUGGAGAAGGGAGCUCCCUUGGGUUGCUUAUCCGAGGUGGGGCCGAAUAUUCCCUGGGGAUUUAUAUCACUGGUGUGGAUAAAGGAUCAGAGGCUGAGAGUGCUGGACUUAAGGUGGGAGACCAGAUUCUGGAUAUCAAUGGCAGCAGUUUCCUUUCCAUCCCACAUGAUGAGGCUGUCCGAAUUCUUGGCUCCUCACGCCACCUUAUGAUGACUGUUAGAGACGUGGGUCGUAUCCCACACGCUCGUACCAUUGUGGAUGAAACCCAGUGGCUAACCAGCUCCUACACAGGGAAUGGAGAACCCCAACCUUCCCUGGGAACCCUCUCUGAUACUUCAUCUGACAGCUUGGUUAAGCCUGUAUUCUGCCGUGGUCCAACAGGGUCACAGGUCACUCUGAGCAGCCUGGGAAACCAGACUCUUGUUCUCUUGGAGGAGAAAGCUCGCCUGCUCUUGACGGAGCCUGAGAGAAGCACCAUGUCCUACUACCUCCAGCAGUACAAGGAUCAUCACAUCUCAGUGCAGGCCCUGAUAAUGGCCAUGUUUGAGCUGCUGAACACUCAGGCAAAGGUAACAGCAACGUUUUCUCUCCUGUCUGAGCUGCGGUCCCAAAUCUUGCCACAGGACCUGGCUGUAUUUGAUAAUCUGGUCCUAAAGAGAGAGAUUGAGUCGAUGAAAUCCCGGCAGCGAUCUGGAGAUACUGUUUCUGUCCUGUCCCAGACACUAAGCACAUCGUCCUCUGAGAGUCACCAAACUGUCAGUACGGCAAGCACUGCAAGAGAACGCCUUCUUUGGUUGCUGGAUGUCAUGGAGAAUGGAACAGACCCUGAGGGGAGUUCUGACUCCAGGAGCCUCACUCAAACCACACUGCCUGACAUCUCUCUGGAUGAUGUUAACUCCCUUCUUGAAGAACCCCCCAAUUUUCAACCGGCUCCCCCUCAAUCUGCAGUACAAAAUGCUCCUCAACUCAGACGGCAGGGUAGGGAGCGUGCACAACGCCCCUCUUCAGGAUCAUCCCAAUCUGGCCUUUUCUUUACAGUACCCUCCACUAACCCUAGCCCUCCUCUUCCCCCUCUAACCAGUCCUCCUGCUUCCCCAUCAAGUGAAAACUCAAGCCAAGCCAUCUAUACAAACCAUUCCUCCAAAAUUACAUCCCCCUCUCUCCCCCCUGCUCAGCUGGCUCUGGUUACACAGCAUCCCCUUACUCCUUUUCCAAGAGUCCAGUCCCCCACUAGGUUAAAGGUCUUGGGGGAAAUACCCAGUCAUCCACCUUCAACCACAAAUGGAGAAGCUUCGGACAACAAUAGUCAACAUUUUGUGAUGGUUGAAGUUCAUCGCCCCAACAGUGAACCAGAUGUGAAUGAAAUCCGAGCUGUUCCCCAGACAAGAGUCCUGCCCCUCUCCCCUCCAGCCUCCCUCUCUCAACUUUCGGACAGCGGGCAGACCCUGAGUGAGGACAGUGGAGUUGAUGCAGGGGAUGUUGGCGGCGGUGGCAGCAAAGACAGCAGUCCACAGCCUCAAAAAACAAAAGGCUGUGAGGGGUUGCAAAAACCGCCAGGUCUGCUGGAGCCUACAGCUACACUAGUGCGAGUGAAGAAGACUGCACCAAGUCUGGGCAUAGCUAUUGAAGGAGGAGCUAAAACACGACAGCCACUUCCACGUAUAGUAACUAUACAGCGAGGAGGGUCAGCGCACAACUGCAGCAAGCUGAAGGUUGGCCAGGUGAUCCUAGAAGUAAAUGGGAUCUCUAUGCAGGGUAAGGAGCACCGGGAAGCAGCCAGGAUCAUCGCAGAAGCCUUUAAGACCAAAGAAAAGGACUACAUGGACUUCUUGGUCACAGAGUUUAAUGUGUCGCUAUAGUAGUUUGUUGUGGCUCCAAGACUGAAUGUGACCUAGCAAAAGAGAUCGGUGCCACGUGCUUCUGUGUAUAACGUGUAGGUGCCAUCUGUGUGCUCAAGCUACAUAUGUGGUCCUGUAGUCCAACAUGUGGCUUUAGUAGAAUCCCAUCCGCAGAAGCGGUGAUACCAAGAGCAGGGGCUUAUAGAGAGAAGAGAGACAAGCAAUGACAUUAUAGAGAGAACGGCAGAUUAACAAAAUCAAAGUGUUAUAAGCAGGUAUACAAAGCAAAGACAAAAACUAGAAAAUCCUGCAAUAUAAGAAGCCAAGCUAAUUGGGCAAAGCAGGACAGAGAGGGGUUGCUGCCCAGAGACAGAGAAGGAGAAUGUUUUAGAAAGGAUUGACAGUAUAAAUACACUAUUCAACUGGUAGGCAGGUAGUAACUGACAGUUACUCUCUGUAUGUAGGCUACACAGUAUUAAAGCCCCAUUACCACCUUACUGUUUUGUGCCUGCUCUUCUCUGAAGCGUAUAUUGCCUCGCUGGGGAGAAAAAGAACCCCCCCACGCCUCACUUCCUCCACAUACUGCUCGAGUGUGUGACUGAUGUGCUGCCCACGCUGUGAUCAUCAGUAUAAAAUCCAUGUAAUUACAGAGACUGUCACUUUACUUUUUCAAUAAAUCUCAUGUGAGAGAUAUUAUUUGUGAAAA